AUAAAAUGUACAUCUAUCCAUGUACUAGGAAGUAAAUAAGCGUCAAAAAGAUGGAUACGACUGACACAUAUCCUGUGAACAUUUCAGUUCAGCUUCAAACAAGAUACAAUGUAUACGCAGAAGGCACCUACAUGGACAAUACAUCUCUCUCGAAAACAGAAGAUGCAGGUGUUAAUGGAAUGGAAAUUUAUAAUCUUGCAAAAAGUAUUAGAAAUGUGUGUAUCCCAAUUAUUGUCUUCGUUGGAGUUUUCGGUAAUUUUGUGUCCAUGUCCGUAUUUGCCUCUAACUACCUUCGCCGAUCCUCUUCCUCUACGUUUUUGGUGGCACUGGCCUUAACUGAUAACGUUUUCUUGAUCUGUCUCUUCUUCACCUGGCUUGAUGGUUCUGUUGACAAUAUCCUGACGUCAGUAAGAAUCUGUCAGGUCAUUUCCUAUUUGACCUAUGUGUCAAGCUUCCUGUCUGUGUGGUUUGUUGUCGGAUUUACAUCUGAGCGAUAUAUCGCCAUUUGCCAUCCCUUAAGAUCAAAACUUUUCUGUACACAUGUACGAGAAAGAAUAGCCGUUCUUAUUUUCAUAAUAUUCUCUGUAGUUCUGUACAAUUUCGCGUCUUGGACUACGGAUGUGUACACUUCCGAGAAAUUCACAAGAUGCACCUACAAAUUACAAUACAUCAAAUUUCUCAAUAUUAUCACGUGGCUGGACACUGUUUGUACAAUGAUGAUUCCGUUUACUUUAAUAUUUUACAUGAAUAUGCGUGUUGCAUGUACAGCUGCCAAAUUCCAAGAAAAACGGAAGGCAUGUUUGUUACCAAGGGAUGCCAAACACGUUAAACAUAGAGCGCUUCGAUCAAAACAGCAAAUGCGAGUUACACGAACAUUACUUUUGGUCUCUACUACGUUUUUGGUUUUGAACUUGCCAAGUCAUGUGUUCAAGCUUUCCACUCUUAUCUCUGCUCUCCUACACCCCUCCAACGCUUACAAUAUAAGCAUGGCACAGUACCUUAUACAAGAAAUUUCGCAGUUGCUGUAUUAUACAAGUUUCAGCAUGAACUUCUUUUUGUAUGCGUUAUAUGGAAAGCAUUUUCAGCGAUCUCUUAGUUUUAUGUACGAGUCUCUGCGACUGAAAUUCGGCUGUAGUGACAGAAUGGGAUACAUAGAAAGGACGAGCACUCUAAGGAGCUGGACUUGAUCCCAUGACCAUUUUAAGUCUUGUUCUUUCACUUUUUUCUCGACUUAACACUAUUUUGUAGAAAACAUAUUCUCUUUUCGAUUAUUGAAUGCUUCAAAAUUUUGAAACACUUCAUAGAUAGUUUAACAGGCUGAGGCAAAUUAAUAUUAACAAGUAGAUAAAUAGUAUUCACAUGGUUACUUAACUGAAGAAUCCUUUGAUUGUUUCUUUUAAA